CUUUCCCUGAUUUAUGUAUUUUAUAUUUGUAACAACACGAUAAAGCAUGGUUCACAAUUAACAAUUACAAUGGUUGAAGCCUAUUUAUUAUAUUUGCAUAAAAAAAUCUCUGUAUAUUUUAUUAGGUAAAGAGUGGCACCAUGAAAGUAAAUAUUAGUCUACUUUAACCAUUAACUAUUAGUUACAUAUAAGUCAUAAUUUAAAUUUAUUUAUUUUCUAUUAUUUUUGUACAUGAAUAUGUGUAUGUAUGUGUAUACAAAUAUAUACAUAUUUAUAUUAUGUGCAAUUACUAAUGUGUAUGUACACUUUUAUAAAACCAAAUGGGUAAUUUAAAUAUAGUAUAUUGACUAUUAAAUUUUGGGUUAUUAUAUAGAUAGGUACCAAAAGUCAUGAUUCCAAUGAUAACAUUUUUUCAUUUUUUCAAUUAAGCAAUAAUUUUAACUACAAAACAAUCAAUACUUUUAAGGUAGAAAGUGGAGUGUAUCGAUAUCGAACGUUCAAGAAGUUAAAUGUGCAAUAUGCAAGCAAGCGUACCGACCCGUAUCGGACUUCUUAACUUAAAUACGAGUCGAAAACCAAAAAAAAAUUUGUAGACAAGUGGAAAACAUUAAUUCAAUUCCAACAUUUGAUUCUUGGUUAAUAAAGUAUCAACAGAGUUUAUACACUAGAAGUACAGGCAGUGAAACAAAUACCAAAAACUUACAAUUAAAUUAUCAAUAUAGAAAUUUACCAUCUUUAGCUCCUAUCGCUAAUUUUGAUAAACUAAAGAGUAUAACUCUAAACACUUGGUCGAGUUUCCAAGGAUGACAUCUAUAGUUCAUCAAAAAAACGGAACAGAUUUAAACAACUCAAUUUCUUCAUCUACAUUGAAUUCUAAUUCCAAUAUGAUCUUCUACAAGUCUGAGUUUCAUGAGCAGUCUGAAAACAAUGCUCUACCAAACAAACCAGUUCAAGACUGUUUGACUGAUAAUCCUAAACUAAAUAUUUCUAUUAGUAAUGUAGUAACAAACUUCAGUUUAAAAUCACAUUUAAACUUACGAUACUUAGCUCUAAAUGGUCACAAUAUAGAAUACAGACGUGAAAAUGGAAUGUUAACAAUGAAACUACGUAAGCCAAAUGCCACAGCCACUAUUUGGUCUAGUGGGAAAAUUGCUUGUACAGGUUCUACAUCUGAAACUCAUGCUAAAAUUGCAUCCAGACGUUUUGCUAGAAUCAUUCAAAAACUUGGUUAUCACAAUGCUAAAUUUAGCAGUUAUAGGAUUGUCAAUGUUCUUGGAUCAUGUUCAUUACCGUUUCCGAUUAAAGUCAUACAGUUUUCGGAAAAGUAUAAAACUAUUGCUCAGUAUGAACCCGAGUUACAUCCUGGUGUUACUUUUAAGAUCAAAGAAUUAAAAGCUACAUUGAAAAUAUUUUCAACAGGCAGUAUUACAGUAACUGCUCCAAGUGUAGGCAAUGUUUACCAGGCAAUCGAGCAAAUUUAUCCCAUGGUAUUUCCAUUUCGUCGCGAGAAAACCGCAGAAGAUGAAAGAGUAAUUCGCAAAUUAAUGACAAAAAAACGUAAUUUCACUGAAAUUGAUGAAAAUGUAUCAAUUUAUAACUCGGCAAACAGUGUAACAAAACGAAAUUGUGAUGGAUUAGCCAUUGGCAUAGUUAAAGUUGAAAAUAAUUUAGAAAAUAUUAUCAAACAAAAAUAUGAAAAUGAUCUCUGAAAAAUAUUUCAGUUACCCAAACUGAACACCACUUACAGUUUAGCACAUAACAGCAGAAUUUUUUUUAUAAUUUUUGUCAAGUCUUAAAUGUUUAAAAAUAAAUCAUAACUUAAAAUGGAAUUAUUAAUAUUUUUAAAAUGAUCAUUAUGAUAAAUGUACAAAAAUUAAUUUUUUUUAGCAUUUUACUUUAGUUGUAAGCUAAUAAAAUCUAGAUAACUAGUCUUUGUGUUUUACAAAAUGUACAUGUAUACAUGUAAUAUUUAUAUUAUAUCUAUAUAUUUUUUUUUGUGUGUUAAUGUUCCUCGUUAGUUACAAAAAUAAUUUUGCUUUUAAGCUUUUUCCUCAUAUUAUUAUUUUUUUUUUUUGUUCCAUUAGUUAUAAAAAUAAACAUUUUUAUGAAGUUUCCAAAUAAUUUCUCAUGAAUUUUAGUAUGAACAGCAGUAAUUAAAGCAAUAAUAAUAAUUUUAAUAUUAAUUUUUUUUGUAAAUGAGUAAAUAAGAAGAUUUGUUGCUUUUUAUAUUAUUGGUGCAUUGGAUAUUAUUUUGCAAAAAAAAUUCAUUUCUUCGGGAAAUUAACAAAUUAAUGUCAUUAUCAUAUUUAUGUUUUUUGUGCAUAUGUGCAUUAGUUAUGAUUACUUUUAGUUGAUAAAUAAAUAAUUAUUAUAGGUUUUAUUUUGCUCUGCUUAUUAUUAAAAUAAUAAAAUAAAUUCUUGUG